UCCGAUAUCCAGGUGAAUGGCCAGUCAGAUGAUAUGACUGCCAAGGAGAAGCUGCUCUUGUGGUCUCAACGGAUGGUGGAGGGCUACCAUGACCUGCGGUGUGAUAACUUCACCACCAGCUGGAGAGAUGGCAAGCUCUUCAAUGCCAUCAUCCAUAAACACAGACCAAAUUUGAUUGACAUGAAUAAGGUGUACAGACAGACCAACCUGGAGAAUCUGGAGCAGGCCUUCAGCGUAGCAGAAAGAGACUUGGGCGUCACACGCCUGCUGGAUCCUGAAGGACUGCGACUGCUAACCGUUGGCUGGAACUUGCUUCUCAUUGGACGAGAAUACCCAUCUGCUAUCAUCUGA